AUGGCCGUUGCCUUCUUGUCAUCCGUCGUCUCUAACGGUCGCGCAGGCAUGGACAUGCUCGAAGAGAACAAAUCGACCCACGUUGUGGCUCCUGGACUAAAUUGGUUGAUCGCAACACUUUAUGAUGCAGAGGCGUUUGGGUACCCCAACACCAAAGCCGAGGAAGUUGGCUAUAAGACGGAGCUUGAUGCAGCCAUUGCUGGUCUGCGAGAAAUGCAUCGCCGAGGGAUCGUAGUGUUGCCCGGCGGCGACUAUGGGUUCGCGUGGACGCCCCAUGGCACCUAUGCCCGAGAUCUGGAGCAUUUUGUCAAGCUUCUCGGCUUUACGCCCCAUGAAGCACUGAUUGCUGCGACGAGGGGUGUGGCAAAGCUAAUGAUGAGAUCCCACGAGCUUGGUCAGGUGCAGCCAGGGUACUUUGCCGACUGUAUCCUGAUCAAUGGCAACCCUCUCGAGGACAUCACAGUGCUGCAGGACCAUGACAAGCUCGACGUGAUCUGCAUCAAUGGUCGAGUACACAAGGCUGGAAGGAAGGAAUACAUGCCGCCGCCUGUCUCUGGGCAAGACGUAAACCGACAUGUGAUUGUGCCAGACUUGCCGCAUGAGCUGCCGGAGGUCAAGCGGCCAAUGCAGAAGCAGUACUGA